UUGUGUUUGUAAAUAUUUUAGUUAAAUAUCUAAAAUGCAACGAAUAAACGUCUCCUUGUGCAUAAAAAACUUUGUAAAACUGUCUCGGAUUCGUACGCGAUGCUACAGUGAUAUAAUUCCUAAAAGCCAAGUGACUAUCAUUAAGAAAAAUAACGCCGAAUCUACUAACCUCAAAACACAAAGUGUUGAGAAAGAAAAUCCUUCAGAAAACAGUUCCAGAGAAAGUAUUCAAGAAGUUAAUCCGCAAGAAAAUGUUUCCAAAGAUUUUAGAGUUAAUGAGUAUAAUAUACAGAUGAUUUCUAAGAAUAUAUACCAGCAGUUAUUCAAGGAUGCUGGUACUAAAGUAGAUUCAAAUAUAAUUAAAAGUUGCCAAGAAAGUCUUAUAAGACACGGUAUAGACUACAAACAAAACCCUUACGUACCUGAUGUGGAGCUGAAGUUGCCAGAGUUGCAGGGGAAGGAUGGUGAGCAUUUUUACAAUAUCGGUGAGCAACAGGCUGGGCCAUAUAGAGAACUGUUGAUGAAGCUGGCUAGCACUAACAUACCACAGCCACCUAAGGAAUGGCUGAAAACCUACGGUUGGUGCAAGUACACCAGUGAUGGCGUGGAGCAAGUGCCCUGCCCUCCUGAUGAUGCGCUUAUAUUUGACGUGGAGGUUUUGAUGUCUGCCGGGAAAAGGCCCACUUUAGCCUGUGCAGUAUCACCUAAUGCUUGGUACGGUUGGGUAAGCCAUCCCCUCGCCAACGAGAAUCCUCACCAAACCUUCGAUCACGUGAACUACGAACACCUCAUACCAUUGGAGACUGACGGAGACCAGCCGUUUGGAGACCUGCGGAGACCUAGGAUAGUUGUCGGACAUAAUGUGUCAUAUGAUCGGAGUAAAAUCAAGGAGCAGUAUUGGCUGGAACAGACUGGAGUACGAUUUAUGGACACCAUGUCUAUGCACACCUGCGUCAGUGGGGUGACCAGUUAUCAGCGGACAGUCCUGAAAGCUAAAAACAAGGAACCGGACCCUACUGAUGACUACUGGAUGGAGAUCAGCUCUCUUAAUAGUCUGACUGAGGUACAUAAACUCUACUGCGGCGUGCCAGUCGACAAGGCCACCCGCGACAUAUUCGUGGACGGCGUCAUGCAAGAUGUGCACGACAACUUCCAGCGGCUGAUGCGGUAUUGCGCGCACGACGUGAUCGCGACGCACAACGUUCUAGGGAAGCUGUUGCCGUUGUUCCUGGAGCGGUUUCCGCAUCCGGUCACUAUGGCUGGUAUGUUAGAAUUAGGUUCAGCUUAUCUACCCGUCAACUCCAACUGGCUCCAAUACAUAGACUCAUCAGAAACCAUAUUCGAAGACCUAAAACUGGAAUCCAAACAAAUAUUGUCCCAAAAAGCUGACGAAGCCUGCAAGUUAAUGGAAAACGACGCCUAUAAAAAAGACCUUUGGAUGUGGGACCAAGAUUGGUCUACUCAAACUUUGAAGUUAAAGAAAACCGUCUCUAAAAAGAAAAACGAAGCGCCAGAAACACUGGCCAUCAAAUUUGAAAAUCGAACGGCAGAAGAAAAAGAAUUCGAUGUUCUAUGCGACGAAUACGUCGAAACUAUAGAAUCGAAUUGUUACCGGCCAGAUACAUUUGAAGGUGUUGAAGAGUUGAGCAAAAAGUUUGCAUAUUUAUUUGAUUUGAAACGGGCCUUGCCGGUAAAAAGGCCGUAUUUGGCAGGGUAUCCUGCGUGGUAUAGGAAGUUAUGUACGAAACCGGGUAAAGAGGAUGAUUGGGAGCCUGGGGCAAAUAAUAUUACUACUAGUAUGCAGAUAACCCCAAAACUCCUCCGCCUAUCCUGGGAGGGUUUCCCCCUCCACUACAUAAUGGGGGAAGGCUGGGGGUUCCUGGUGCCCUUCAGAAGAGAGAAUAACAGUGAGGACGAACCAAGACUGCCUUUGGAGGAGCUGCUAGAGAAAUGUCCAGUAGCGGAGUGUAGAGAAAGUGAUCUGGACGAUGGUUAUGUGUUGCCGAAGACUGUUGAGGAGGACCUAGGCAGACGGGCAUACUUCGCCAGGAAGAAAUUGGACGAGCAAGCAGCGGCGAACCAGUACCACGGCCUAGGCGUAUGGUGCGGCAUUCAAUUACAAGGGUGUUGUCACUUCCUUAGGCUCCCUCACAAAGACGGUCCCAAGUACAAAGUAGGGAAUCCACUAGCGCGCGAUUUCCUGGACAUGUUCAGUCAAAACGUUCUCUCGGCGCAGGGGAAUGAUGCUGAAAAGGUACUCUCCUUCGGUCGUAUGAUGUCCUACUGGCGCAACAAUCGCGAGCGAAUCAUGGGGCAGCAAGUAGUGUGGUUGCCUCAAACAGCGCUGCCGCAACACUUGCGCGGCGUGCGGCAAUACGGCGCCAUCUUGCCGCAGGUUGUGGCAUGCGGCACGCUCACUAGAAGAGCUAGUGAGCCGACCUGGAUGACAGCCAGCAACGCUCAGAAGGACCGAAUCGGUUCCGAGCUAAGAGCCAUGGUUCAAGCCCCUCCAGGAUUCAACUUCGUAGGCGCCGACGUCGAUUCACAGGAGCUAUGGAUAGCGGCGUUGCUCGGAGACUCCACAUUUUCAUCCUGCGGUGGAACUGCGUUGGGCUGGGCAGUUCUAGCUGGAGACAAGGCUCGGAAGACAGACGUGCACUCUCUUACCGCUCGCGCGGCCGACAUAUCGCGCUCGCACGCCAAAGUCAUCAACUACGCUAGGAUAUAUGGUGCGGGCCAAACAUUCGCCGAGCGACUUUUAAAGCAGUUUAACCCUACCAUGACGAUGUCUGAAGCAAAGAGUAAGGCCGCCAAAAUGUACGCCACCACUAAAGGAAGAAGAGUGUAUGUGCUGAAGAAGAAAUAUAUGGAGGGAAUGAUCGAUGAGGAUUUGGAAGGACAGGUAGUAGAAAUGACCGGAUACCAGGCAGUCAGGCUGGCCAAAAUGAGCGGCAAAAAAGUCGAAGAAAUGUUCGAGCGGCCACGCUGGGUCGGCGGCACCGAAUCCGAAAUGUUCAACAAACUGGAAGAAAUCGCUGAUUCCGAAGCGCCAUCAACAGCCUUCCUCUCCGGGCGUCUAUCCCGUUCCUUGGAACACGCGAACGGGCGCUGGGCCGGCACACGACUGAACUGGGCCGUGCAGUCGGCAGCGGCGGACUUCUUACACCUGAUGCUGGCUAGCAUGCGACACCAGGCCCCUACUGCCAGAUUCUGCCUGAGCUUUCACGACGAAGUCCGGUAUUUGGUGCCAGAGGAGAAGAAAUAUGAGACAGCGUUGGCGUUACAGAUUACGAACCUGCUUACAAGAGCGUUUUGCUCGCAACGCGUCGGCAUAAACGAUCUACCCCUCUCUGUGGCUUUCUUCACCUCAGUCGAAGUGGACCAGGUGCUACGGAAAGAGGCGGACUUAUGCUGCACAACCCCCUCCAACCCACACGGCUUGGAAAAGGGCUACGGGAUACCUAGUGGAGAAUCCUUGAAUAUAUAUCAAGUUAUUGAUAGGUGUAAGAAAUAAA